UAACAGUUUGCAUUUUAAUCAUUUUGUUGCCGUUUCCUGUCGUGUAAAUUGAGCAGUUUGACAACGACUUUGCGAAAGUUUUCCAUGUUGGCGAAAUGCCUGAAAUUUCUACAAAAGACGCAGCAUCCGGGAGUUUGGCAGUUUUCACAGCUAUCAGUGGCGUGGCUAUUUUUGUGUUGAUACGCUGGUACAGAAAUAAGACUCGUGGACACGAAAUGGACCUACCACCAGAACAGCAAUCUGUUGAAGUAGAGGGUACUGACGGAGCUCGGCGGACCACGCUGUCAUCUGAAAUAAUUGCAAGGCAAUAUCCGGAUGUUACCACUGUGUAUGAAAGCUUUCUCCGCGGAGUAAAACUGUCAGGGGACGGUCCUUGCCUAGGAACAAGGGAUCCAAUCAGUAAGAAGUACACGUGGCUGACAUAUAACCAGGUUCAUGAGAGGGCAACGUUCGUUGGCGCGGGCCUGGUCGCUUUAGGUUGCGAGCCCUCACAACAGACCUUCAUUGGGAUCUAUGGACCAAACCGAGUGGAGUGGGCUUUAACUGAUCUGGGAUGUCAGAUGUUCUCAAUGAUUUCCGUGCCAGUGUACGAUACUCACGGCGCUGAAGAAUGCAUCUACAUCAUAAACCAUGCCAACCUUUCUACUAUUGUUUGUAACGAAGACAAGGUGCCAUUGCUUCUUGAAAAGGCCCAAUUGUGCAAGGAGCUGAAAAAUUUGAUAAAAAUAGGUUCCUCUGUCACUCAAGAAGAAGAUAAAAAAGCAAAAGAUAUGGGUCUCAACCUCAUCUCCAUGACAAAUCUAGAAGACAUUGGAAAAGAGAGCUAUCAGGAACGAAAGCCUGCUAAGCCCGAAGACAUUUUGACAGUAUGUUACACAAGUGGAACAACAGGUCCACCAAAGGGAGCCAUCCUGACACAUGCCAAUCUUGUCGCUGACAUCUCAGCAUAUCGUUGGACGAUGCACCAGGCCGGUUUUGAGCUGACAACGGAGGAUGUGCAUCUGUCAUUUUUACCGCUGGCUCACAUGUACGAACGGAUAAAUCACCUGAACUUGUUUGUAAGCGGAGGAAGGAUUGGGUACUACAGUGGUGACGUCAAACAGUUGCUAGAAGACUGCAAAGAGCUGAAGCCAACUAUAUUCACACCCGUGCCUCGCUUACUAAACAGAAUCUACGACAAGAUCAUGUCUGAGGUAUCCAAGAGUAAAUUGAAGAAGUGGAUUUUUCAAAUGGCACUUAAGUCUAAGGAAAAUGAUCUUAAAAGGCAAAUCAUCAGCAAGAACACGAUAUGGGAUCAUCUGGUUCUGCGUAAAAUACAGAGUUUACUUGGUGGUCACGUGCGAUACAUGCCUUGUGGUUCCGCACCUCUGUCAGCUCAGGUGACGACAUUCAUCAGAUGCAUCAUGGGAUGUCACCUGACCGAGGGUUACGGUCAGACCGAAUGCACAGCUGCUGCCACCUUCCAGCUGUUCAAUGACGUCACAACAGCCGGACAUGUUGGCCCUCCAGUUCCUUGUAACAUUAUUAAGCUUGUCGACGUGGAAGAGAAAGAAUACUACGCUAAAAAUGGUCAGGGAGAGAUUUGUCUGAAAGGUCCCAACGUCUUCAAAGGCUACCUUCACGACCCUAAGAAAACUGCCGAAACUAUUGACGAGGAUGACUGGCUCCAUACUGGUGACAUUGGUGAAUGGCUUCCG